AUUUCUUCCGGGUGGUGGGUUUGACUUCACACUGCACGCUCAAACCAGUCACUAAGGAGGAGGUCGGACUCGGCUGCUCAGCUCCUCCUCGUGUGCGUGAUGGCGAGCCUUCUUCGUGUGGUGGCCACCAGCUGCUCUGCUCCGCUCCUCAGUGGGGUCGUCUCCGCCAAGCUUCCGGCCGUCAGGAACGUCCGGACUCCCUUCCUGCGCUUCUUCAGGACACACCAGGCUCUAUUGCGUGCAGACAGUCCAGGUAUUCCUUACAAACAAGUGACCGUUGGCGUGCCCAAGGAGGUCUUCCAGAAUGAACGGCGAGUCGCCAUCUCUCCCGCUGGCGUGCAGGCCCUGGUCAAGCAGGGCUUCAACGUGGUGGUGGAAUCGGGUGCCGGAGACUCCGCCAAGUUUCCGGACGACAUGUACACCCAGGCUGGUGCCACCAUCAAGGAUGCCAAGGAGGUCUUUGCCUCCGACAUGCUGCUGAAGGUUCGUGCCCCCAUGCUGAAUCCGGCGCUAGAUGCCCAUGAGAUUGACCUGAUGAAGGACGGAGCUACGCUGGUCAGUUUCAUCUACCCGGCCCAGAACCCAGAGCUCAUGGGCCUGCUGUCCCAGAAGAAGGCCACCGUUCUGGCCAUGGACCAGGUGCCCCGUGUCACCAUAGCCCAAGGUUUUGAUGCACUCAGCUCAAUGGCAAACAUUGCUGGAUACAAAUCUGUGGUACUGGCAGCAAACAACUUUGGACGCUUCUUCACUGGCCAGAUCACUGCUGCUGGGAAGGUUCCACCAGCGAAGGUGCUGAUUAUUGGCGGAGGCGUGGCAGGAUUGGCAGCUGCUGGCACUGCCAGGGCUAUGGGCGCCAUCGUCCGAGGCUUUGACACCAGAGCGGCUGCCCUGGAGCAGUUCAAGUCGCUGGGAGCAGAGCCCCUAGAGGUGACGGAUGUCAAGGAGUCCGGCGAGGGCCAGGGGGGCUACGCCAAGGAGAUGUCCAAGGAGUUCAUCGAGGCCGAGAUGAAGUUGUUUGCCAAACAGGCGUUGGAUGUGGACAUAAUCAUCAGCACUGCCCUCAUUCCUGGUCGCAAGGCACCCAUCCUGAUCACAAAGGACAUGGUGGAUAGCAUGAAGGACGGCUCUGUGGUGGUGGACCUGGCUGCCGAGGCCGGGGGCAACUUCGAGACCACCGUCCCCGGAGAGCUGACCGUCCACAAAGGUGUGGUCCAUGUAGGCUACACAGAUCUUCCCAGCCGCCUGCCCACCCAGUCCAGCACCCUGUACUCCAAUAACAUCACCAAACUCCUCCGAGCCAUCAGUCCCGACAAAGACAACUUCUACUUGGAUGUCAAGGAGCAGUUUGACUACGGAACAAUGGACCACGUCAUCCGUGGUUCCAUCGUCAUGCAGGAUGGAAAAGUGCUUUUCCCAGCACCUCAGCCCAACAACGUGCCCGUGGCGGCCCCACCCAAGCCCAAGUCCAUCCAGGAGCUGGAGGCCGAGAAGGCUGCCACAGUCUCCCCCUUCGCAGCCAAACUCACCACCGUUGGCGCCUACUCUGGAGGACUGGGAACUCUACUUGGCCUUGGCCUCUGCGCCCCCAAUGCUGCCUUCACACAGAUCGUGACCACCUUCGGCCUGGCAGGAAUUGUGGGAUACCACACGGUUUGGGGCGUCACCCCAGCUCUGCACUCCCCUCUCAUGUCGGUCACAAACGCCAUCUCUGGGCUGACUGCUGUGGGGGGGCUGUCCCUCAUGGGAGGCAGUUACACCCCCACCAACACGGCUGAGACGCUGGCUGUGCUGGCUGCUUUCAUCUCGUCUGUCAACAUUGCUGGUGGUUUCCUGGUGACUAAGAAGAUGUUGGACAUGUUCAAGAGGCCCACAGACCCCCCAGAGUACAACUACCUAUGGCUGCUGCCCGCGGGAGUGUUUGUGGGCGGCUACGGAGCUGCUCUCCAGACGGGCUACAACAUUGAACAGAUGAUGUACCUGGGCUCUGGCCUGUGCUGCGUCGGAGCCCUGGGUGGUCUCUCCAACCAGUCCACAGCCCGCCUGGGCAACGCUCUGGGCAUGAUCGGUGUAGCGGGGGGCAUCGCUGCCACCCUGGGUGCCCUCAAGCCCUCCCCUGAGCUACUGGCCCAGAUGAGCGCAGCCAUGGCAGUGGGUGGCACAGCUGGAUUGACCAUCGCCAAGCGCAUCCAGAUCACCGACCUGCCGCAGCUGGUGGCCGCCUUCCACAGUCUGGUGGGCCUGGCCGCUGUGCUCACCUGCGUGGCCGAGUACAUGGUGGAGUACCCGCACUUCGCCACCGACCCGGCCGCCAACCUCACCAAGAUCGUGGCCUACCUGGGCACCUACAUUGGCGGAGUGACCUUCAGUGGCUCCCUGGUGGCCUACGGCAAACUCCAAGGUUUACUGAACUCUGCCCCGCUGAUGCUCCCCGGGCGCCAUGCUCUCAACGCCACCCUCAUGGCGGCCAGCGUCGGGGGCUUGGUCCCCUACAUGAUGGACCCCAGCUUCACCACCGGCAUCACCUGCCUGGGCAGCGUGUCCGCACUCUCCGCCAUCAUGGGUGUGACUCUGACGGCGGCCAUCGGUGGAGCGGACAUGCCGGUGGUGAUCACGGUGCUGAACAGCUACUCGGGCUGGGCCCUGUGUGCUGAGGGCUUCCUGCUCAACAACAACCUGCUGACCAUUGUGGGUGCGCUGAUCGGGUCCUCAGGAGCCAUCCUCUCAUACAUCAUGUGUGUGGCCAUGAACCGUUCGCUGGCUAACGUCAUCCUGGGUGGCUACGGCACGUCCUCCACUGGCACAGGCAAACCCAUGGAGAUUACGGGCACGCACACAGAGGUGAAUGUGGAGCAGACCGUGGAGAUGAUCAAGGAUGCCCAGAGCAUCAUCAUCGUACCGGGUUAUGGUCUGUGUGCCGCUAAGGCCCAGUACCCGAUCGCUGAGCUGGUCAAGAUGCUGGGGGAGAUGGGCAAGAAAGUCAGGUUCGGCAUCCACCCCGUGGCAGGCCGCAUGCCAGGGCAGCUCAACGUGCUGCUAGCGGAGGCAGGUGUGCCCUAUGACGUGGUGCUGGAGAUGGACGAGAUUAACGAGGACUUCACUGAAACUGACCUGGUCAUGGUCAUCGGUGCCAACGACACAGUAAACUCUGCCGCUCAAGAGGACCCCAACUCCAUCAUUGCUGGCAUGCCUGUGCUGGAGGUGUGGAAGUCCAAACAGGUUAUCGUGAUGAAGAGAUCGCUAGGAGUCGGAUAUGCUGCCGUGGAUAACCCCAUCUUCUAUAAACCCAACACCUCCAUGCUUCUGGGAGAUGCCAAGAAGACCUGUGAUGCCUUGGCGUCGAAAGUACGCGAGGGUUAAAAAAUGGCCUCUAGACUUGUGCCUCGCCUCUCCUCUCCUCUCCCUCUCCUCUCCUCCUCUCCUCUGCCAGGCGCUGUGGUAGACUGCUAGGAUAGAGUGAGCUUUGUGAACAAGACCCUUAGACAAGCAUUAGCUUCAAUAUAUGGUAGUCCACUAUCUGGCAGCGCAUUUAAAGUUUGAUA